AUGCAGGUGGAGAUUCUCCGAUGGCUAGAGAGGAUGAUCAAGAUGAAGAGCUACGGCUGGGGCUCGCACCAUGAGGCCUUUGAGCGCGGCUGCAAUGCCCGUGGGCGGCUGCAGGUGCCAAGGGUCCCGGGCCACCUUGAGCUCAUGGCAGGGGGUGGGGAUCAGACGCUUAAUCCCAGGAUGACGAAUGUGUCCCACACCGUCAAGCAUCUCUCCUUCUCCGAUGCAAAUGACGGCAAGUUCCACCGCAAGGCGAGGCGACAUGCGUCUCACCAUUUGCAGCAGUCGCGUUGGUGCCCCGAGCAGGUGACACGGAACCUAGCACCUUUGGAUGGUCAGCGAUUCUUGCUUGGGGCUGAGCUUCGCGUGAAUGCAGGCCUGUUUAACAUUCUUGCAUGUGACUGCCUACUGUAG